AUGUCAUCCCCAUACGAUCGCAGAGGCGCACAGGCGCGUCGAGGAAAUAUCUCUUACUGGUUACCACUGGCUUUCACCGUUACUGCAGCCGCAGUAGGUGUAGUAGCAUGGAUAUGGAGUACACGAAGUGAUGAAGACGACGACGACGACGAUGAGAACCGACCUCUUCAGCCUCCAAGACCAGAAUAUGGUGAAAGAAAUCCAGAUGGCAGUUUUCGAACAGGUCCUCCUUCGUACGCAGGCGAUAUGCGACCGGGGGAAGCUUCAUUCGGCACAACGGAUCAACAACCACCACACACUUCACGGUCUGAAGAAUCUCAAGGUUACAUAGCUCAAAUGUCAGGCGCAUUACAAAGAACACCUAGUCCGCAGCAAUUUAUCAAUAGUGCAAGUAGAAGUCUUGCGGCGGGAGCCGCUGCUGUAGGUGGUGUUGUGGGAAGUGCUCUCUCCUCAAUCCGGGAGGAAGACAAGCAUGGUUUCGACGAUCAUAGAACAUGGCAGGAAGAAUCAGUGAUACGAAGAAACGCUGCUCCAAGUCCACCCAUUACUACAAAUACAACACCGGCCCCAGCCCCAGGGCCAAUCGAAAUGCGCUCUGAGAGCGCUGCAGGAGUUUCCGCAGCACCUCGAACACCAGUCAGUAACGGGAAAAGGAAGACCGUCGCUAUUGUAGUGUCUGCAGAAUCACACGAUGAUGACGCCGCUUCCGAAGCAGGCUAUCAUCAUGAAUAUGCGUCAAUCCUCUCUCAUCUUCCUCGCAAAACCGACUUCUCUAAGAUACGACUAUUUGUUUUAAUAUAUGCACCAGGAUUAACCGAGCAUCCGCUAGACGCUGCUGGUGGAAGACCGGGUGGAUCUCUCAGCUCCUCGACUCCCAUGUUUCCCCCGAGGCCUUCGGCUCCACUUGCAUUCGGUCCAAUAUACAAUGAAGCAUUAGGGUUGGUGGAAAAAGAGACUAUGGUCCUACCAUUUACCACUCCAACUGGCCACGUUCAUAUCCUCCGACAUCUCGCACCUGAAUUUAUAUACCUACAAGAAUCCCUUGCAGGAGAGAAUGGAUCGGCGAUCAACCAUCUACAAAGUUGGUUUAGAGAAGACGUAGUUCUAAUCGUAGGCGCUGAUGGAGGCCAUGGAGGACUCGCAGAUAGCGAAUCCGAAGCUGAGAGUCAAGUUUCAAGAAAAAAAGAACACUGGUGGGAAAGAGAAGAUAGGGUUGGUCUUGGAAGAGGCGUUGUUGUCAUAGAAGGAGAUCGUAUCGGAGACUUUUGGGCUAGAAAGGUUCUUGGAGUGGAAUAG